UAUUUAUAUAAGUUUGAUGAUGAUGGUUUGAAAAUUGUGGUAAAAUUAGUUACCAGAUAGUGUUAAUCUCGUUUUAUUAGUAUAGUGUUUGUAUGUGUUUGGUUGUGACGUAAAUUUGUUGAGACAGUUGCCUUUGAUACGCCCGCCCCGCGUACUACCAGUGCUGGCAUUGGUUGGUUAUAGUGGUCUGAAUACGUCACGUAUCGCGCGUCAGAUGCUCUCCACGAUCUGCGAUCAGUAAUCACAAGACAUGAGACAUUCAAUAGGAGAUAGGGUUUUAUGCCUCAAAAAAGUCACACUAUUAGUGACUUGUGUAUGUUUGACGGCCAGUGGCCACUGGUUCGGGCUGUGCGAGGCCCGCAAACGGUGGCGACCGCCGCUUAUCGAAGAUGUCUACGAACACCGGCAUCAGCUAACGGUGCCGUCAAACUCCAUAAGCUGUCCAUUUGGUAAUGAGACCCAUGAAGUGGGCGACCGAUGGAAACCUAAUUUACAGCCGUUUGGAGUUUACUAUUGUAUUCGCUGUGAAUGUAUUGCCGUGCAAAGAAAAAGUCGUGUCGUCGCCAAAGUCAGGUGUAAGAACAUUAAGAACGAGUGCCCUAAGCCCUCGUGCGAUGACCCGGUGUUACUACCGGAGCGAUGCUGUAAGUCAUGUCCGGGAGAUGAAGAUCCGACAUUCAAUGAGACGACCACCGAAUCGGCCAAUAGUCAUACGGCCGCCGACAACAACAGCUACAACAACAACAAUAGUAAUGACUCGUCGACUAAGGGCUCGCCGGUGCCGGUCGAUGGAGACGAUAGUCAGAUGACGAAAAAGUUUAUCAAUGAUGACCAACAAAAUAAUAUCAUCGGAGAGCCAACCUAUAAGUGCUAUUACGAGGCAAAGAUCUAUGAAGAAGGCUCUCAAUGGAAGACCGAAAGAGACGACUGCGAGAUGUGCUUCUGUCAGAGAGGACGAGUCAAAUGUGAACAAGAAGUGUGUCCCGAACUAAACUGUACUAAUCAGACAUCGAUAGCCGGUUCCUGUUGUCCCGUCUGCUCCAACCAAUUAGCAGAUACCGUUUCAAAUAAUCAGUCGACAACAACCAAAGGAUGUUAUUUAGAUGGCGACAAAAAGUUUCAUUUGGCGGGCAGUAAAUGGCACCCAUAUCUGCCACCAUUUGGCUUUGAUAAGUGCUCACUAUGUACUUGUCUGGCCGAAUCGUUGACAAUACAGUGCGAGAGGAAUAUCGUGUGUCCGGCUCUGACGUGUCCCGAACAGGAAGCCUAUCGUGAGAAUCCUAUGGAUUGUUGCAAACGAUGUCCCAAUGCACUUCCUGUCAAAUCUAUUGUAUCGGUUGACCAAUUGGGUGAUCAAAGAUCUAUUGGCGGUGGUCUCAAGAGUCCUCACGAGUUAAUGGCAUUGGGAGGUUGUAAAUUUCGCGGAAGAGUUUAUCCCAAUGGAGACGAAUGGCAUCCAACUGUACAGCCAUUCGGUGAAGUCAAGUGUGUUAAGUGUCGUUGUAAGGACGGCAGAUCCAACUGCAAGAGGAUAGUCUGUCCCCGAAUAACUGCGUGUAGUAUUGUUAUCAAUAGAAAUGAUGAGUGCUGUCCCAUAUGUGCCGAUGACAUGGACGGAAUGAUGAUGAAGAAUCAACCGGAAAAUCCGGUUCACAUGAGAAAGAGGGGCAAAAAGAGGCGCCGAAAUAAUGGACGGCGCGCUUUGCACCGGCAGUCUCAUCGAUCGACAGUAUUAACAGACGAUAAAAUGAUUGCUUAAAUAAUAAUAAAAAAAAUCUCGGACUCGUAUUGACCGGGAUUUAAGAGUUUUUAUAUACAUACACACAAAUACACACACAAAAUAUCAAACAAUUGAUAGCACACACACACAUACAUACAAAAAGUUUUAUACUUAUUAUUGACAGCCAAAAUCUGAGGGUUAAAAAACACACAUGAAUUAAGUUAAUGAGCAUUAUUUUUGAGUCAAAUCAAUGCAUUUUUUCACAAUUUAUUUUUAAAGAUCAUUGAGAGUAACGAAUGUAUUAAUAAUAAGGUUAACAAAUUGUUGUUUUUGUUUUUUAUUUGUUAAGUAAUUAUAUAGUAUUAAAACAACAACAAUAAUAAUACUAACAAAUAAUGAUACACUGAUUUGUUUAAAAUAGUUAUCACGAAAAUAAUUUUUAAAAAAAUAUCUGGUCUUUAAAAAUAA